AUGUACAGGUGGAAUUCACUAGAGAAUAGUAACAUAUUCGAUGCCUUCAAGUGUGUCCUUAAGGAUAGAUACAAGGAUCGAAUGAAGCGUAUCAGGAUUAAAUCUGGGGAAAUGGCACGAAAUGAUGGGAAACCCGUCCCCUUAGGUCAUUGUACCUACUACGAAGGGAUGCAUGACUACUGCCCUGGGCGCGUACCGGAGAAUCAUUGGUCGACAGAUAAGUGGAGAAAGAAUUCAAAAAUUGCUCAGCAGAACCGCAAAGUCGCAGAUGCUAAUGGGUCGACAGCUAGGCACACCGCGGGUAGUAUAGGAUUUGACGAGCACCGUAACAACUUAGAAAAGGUAUUGGGUAAACCACCCACACAAUUUGAUGUUUUCAUGAAGACACAUGGUACAGCUAAGGCGAAAAAAAGAUAUUUUGCGGGAGAUCAUGAAAAUCUCGAAUAUUGCUCACUAACUGCCAAAGAAGCACAAGAGAUGUAUCUACAGGAGAUGGCCAAAAAACACGGAGAAGACUCUUCAAACCAUAAAGAUGAUGCGAGGGUAUGGGAGGAAAUUCAACUUAGGAGAAAAGGAAAGAAGAAGGGUGAUAUCUAUGGCAUAGGAGCAUCAGAUAUACAUUUUGUGAUUACUGGGACACCGUCUUCCCAAUCCACCCAAUCCACCCAAUCGGAUAGUACACAACAAGAGGUUGAUAGGUUGCGUGCACAAGUUUCUACCAUGGAACAACAACAACAACAAAUGAAAGAACAAAUGGAAAGGGUUAUGAGGAUGGUGAAUAUGUCUGGAAAUCAACCCCGUGCUCCCCCUGAUAAUCCACCUGAGGACAAUUGA